AAUAAAAAACGGCUAUAGAGGAGUUAUGACGCGUUGUUGUGUUCUGACCAAUGAAAGCACGCAAAGGGAAUGCUGGUCAUUUGCAUAAGAGAGUUAUAAAUACGUGGCACGCGCGGCUCAUUGCCCUCAAUUCGCCUCUUUGCAGUCGCUUCUGCAGCAGUUGUGGUCUGGGAGAGACGCGCGUUUGUCUGCGAUGCCUGAACCGGCCAAGUCCGCCCCCGCGCCCAAGAAGGGCUCCAAGAAGGCGGUGACCAAGACGCAGAAGAAGGGCGACAAGAAGCGCAAGAAGAGCCGCAAGGAGAGCUACUCGAUCUACGUGUACAAGGUGCUGAAGCAGGUGCACCCCGACACGGGCAUCUCGUCCAAGGCCAUGGGCAUCAUGAACUCCUUCGUCAACGACAUCUUCGAGCGCAUCGCCGGCGAGGCCUCGCGCCUGGCGCACUACAACAAGCGCUCCACCAUCACCUCGCGGGAGAUCCAGACGGCCGUGCGGCUGCUGCUGCCCGGCGAGCUGGCCAAGCACGCUGUCUCCGAGGGCACCAAGGCUGUCACCAAGUACACCAGCUCCAAGUAAGCUGCCUCUGCGCCCUGUGCCAGACCUCCUCGACCCAAAGGCUCUUUUAAGAG